GUUUAUACCUGGACCACGUGCAGUAGUUUUUUGUUUAUCACAAAUAGUUCCAAGUUUAUAUGUGAUAAUGGUGGCUGAGCAGUUCAGUGAAUAUUAUAUAUGCAAUUUUAGCGAUGCUGUUUCGGUGGAAGAUCUGCCAGCCGAUGAGCAACUUCGGCAAUUGUGGAUUCGCCAAGAACUGUGGACUGUUCCAGAACUUCGGGAGAUUCUUCAACGAUGGCGAAAUAGCAGCAAAUCAGAUUUAAAAGAUAACCCUGCACCGCUCUUGAACGAUUUCCUACGAUUAGUUUUCGUUUUUGUUCAAAAUAACUUUACUGGACCUUUUGAUAAAAUCGAAGAAUGCAAAGCAUUGCUGGAGGAGCUGGAGUUUAAGGAUCUGGAAGCGCAAGAGAAGCUGAAAGCCAGUGGCGAAGAAUUAAAUCCAAAUGUUAAAACAGAGGAACUAUUGCUGGUGGCCAGGGAAAUCCUCCAGAAUUUGUUGGAGGUCUAUCCAGAUUCAAAGGUCCUUAAUUGGUGGCACUUACGUUUAAUCCUACUGCACCAACAUAUCCUGGAUGACCUGGCGGCGGAGCUCUAUGAGAAAUACAAAGCAGUGGCCGUAGUUCUCCAGGCUAACUUCAACCAAUUUGAGAGCAAGGAACUGCAAGCCCUGCUUUUGCUUGAGCUGGCCAAUGGCUAUCUGCAGUUCCAUCGCUCCGAAGUGGCUUCGAAGAUCUUAGAUGACUUGUGCUCGUACUUACAGGUGGAGCUGAAAGUUGAAGGUUUACUGGGAGUUCGCACCAAAUUUCAGCAGAAAGCUCUGCCACAACUUUGCCUAAAGGUGGAGCAACAAAAUCCACAGACUCUGCUGCCGGCCAUCCAGACCAAUGAGAAAACCAAGCUGCCCAAACUGCUGCUUCUAGAGGAUGAUACUCGACUGGAGAGGAUUCGCUUUAUAGAGGUCAAGGAUAACGAAGUAAUGACGUUACCCAGUGUGCUCCAAGCUCUGGUACUUGCCAAAGUGAAACAACUGAAGCGUUCACAGCCCAAAGACCGGCUGGCAGAUGAGCAACUGGAACCAUAUACCCAGACCCUUUUAUACCAAGAGCAUGGACCCUUCCAAGUUCGACAGGCAGCUCUUCUUUUAAACUGUGUGCAGGAGUCGGGCCAGCGAAGGACUGUGGAGCGAAGCUGGAAACAGUGCGAGGAUUGCGUCAAGUUUCUGGAUAACUCGGAGGAGGUUCUAUCCCUCAAAUCCCGGCUCUCCUACGGCUUUGCCGCUCACCUGCAGACCAAGUGGCAGGUGCAGUUGCAGCUCGUAGACCUCUUGCGUUCCCUGGGAAUGACCAAGACUGCCCUGGACAUCUGCCUGCGCAUUCACGCCUGGCAGCAGGUCAUCGAGUGCUACACAAGUCUGGAGCUGCGACACAAAGCGGCCGAGAUCAUCCGCCAGGAGCUGGACAAGAAACCCACAGCCCUGCUUUAUUGCCUCCUGGGCGAUGCCGUCGAUGAUCCCAAGUGCUACGAACAGGCCUGGCUGUAUUCCAAGAAGACGAGCGGAAAGGCUCAGGCCUAUUGGGGAAACUAUUUCUACAGAAGCGCCGAUUACACGCAGGCUAUGGAACACUACGAGGUGUCCUUAGAGAUCAACACGCUGCAGGAACCGAUCCUGUUGCGCUGCGGCUAUUGCGCCAUCCAGCUGGAGCGCUGGGAGUCUGCUGUUAAGUGGUACCUGGCCUACACCCACCUGGAGCCCAAUGGUUUCGAGUCCUGGAACAAUUUGGCCAAGGCCCUGAUCAAACUGGGAGACAAGCAGCGAGCCCAUCGAGUCCUGGGUGAAGCCCUAAAGUGCAACUACAGUAACUGGAAGGUGUGGGAGAACUAUAUGCUAGUUUCCGUGGACACAUCGCACUGGGAAGAUGCUAUGCGCGGAUACCAACGUCUGGCUGAGCUGAAACAGCACUACCUCGACCAGGAGGUUCUCACCCGUAUAGUGUAUGGCAUUUCAAAGGAGAACCCGGAAGGUUCAGGUCCACUGAUCAAGCGGGUGGUCAAGUUACUAGCCCAACAGUGCAUCCAGCACGGCAAUGAGCCACUGGUCUGGGAACUUGCUGCUAUAGUGGCAUCCACACCUCUGAAAAAAGCCGAGAAACUUGUGAAAUCCUACCGUGCCUACACCCCGAAGCACUUGGGCUGGGAAACUAAAUCAGAGCAUGCCCAGAAGGCUCUUGAUCUUUGUAUAGAGGUGGCCGACUUAUCAGUGGCAGCUAUUAAGGAGCACAAUGAGGAAGAAAGUGAGGUGAUGAUCACAUCCCAACUGAACUCGGCCAGGUUGGCGGGAACCUCCUGCCUGAAUGCAUUGAAAAGAGCAAUUAAUGUGGAUGUUCCUGCGGAGCAGACGACGAAAGUAGAGGAGCUGGAAAAACGGAUAGCAGAUCUGACUCUGGUGGUCCAAGAGCGGAUGAGUGCGCCUCGAUCCUAGAUACU